AUGUCCCAGAGACUUCUUUGGGUCAUGGUCUCGAGGAUUCCCCAGGUUGUCCAAGAGACGCCCGUGUCUGUUCUGCUUCUCCUCCUAGCUACGACCGUCGUCUCUUUCCUCAUCUUCGUAUCCGCCGCGGUUUAUGUCCUCGCGCCCACUCCCCGUCCGCCUCUCCCAUCAGAAAAGACCUACAUCACGAGCGCCCCAGAUGGCUCUACCACGGCCGCGCGACCGCUCCCAUGCUGGUAUGACGAAUGGUUGGCCCACCGAAAAGAGGCAGCCAAGGUCGGCGAUCGCUCGGAAAAACACACGGGAACUAUCAAUGAGCCAGAGGUGUACAUGAGCGUGGUGAUUCCCGCCUAUAACGAGGAAGAGCGUCUCGAACUCAUGCUCGAGGAAGCCGUCGCCUUCCUGGACGCCGAGUACGGGCGGGUGCCGAGAAAAGAAAAGGGCAAAGCAAAUGGACAGGCGGAGAAGACUCGAGGUGGUGGGAUGGGAGGGUAUGAGAUCCUGAUUGUGAAUGAUGGGAGUAAGGACGGGACGGUAGAUAUUGCUUUGGCGUUUUCGAAGAAGCACAAUCUACAUGACAUCUUGCGUAUAUGUACAUUGCAGCACAACAGGGGGAAAGGAGGAGCUGUCACACAUGGCUUUAGGCAUGUGAGGGGUGCAUAUGCCAUCUUUGCGGACGCGGACGGAGCAUCGAAGUUUGAAGAUUUGGCCAAGUUGGUUGAAGGGUGCGAGGCUGUCGCCGAUGAGUCCAAUCGCAGCAUUGCUGUGGGCAGCAGAGCUCAUCUUGUGGGGAGUGAAGCCGUUGUCAAGCGUUCUGCUCUCCGAAACGCCCUCAUGCAUUCCUUUCACCUCCUCCUCUGGUUGCUUACCCCACCCGCCACGUCUCGCAUCCGGGACACGCAGUGCGGCUUCAAGCUCUUCUCCAGGGCAUCGCUACCAUACAUAAUCCCCUACAUGCACGCCGAGGGCUGGAUCUUUGACGUCGAGAUGCUGAUGCUGGCCGAGAGCGCCGUCCUCUCGCGGCCCCAGGGGACGACGAUCGGCACGGCAAACCCAGGGAUCAGGAUCGCGGAGGUCCCGAUCAGGUGGAAGGAGUCUGGGCAUGGCAUGGGGACUGGGGAUCCUGAGGCUGAGUUGGAUGAUGGGGGUCUAUAG